AUGGCUAAAGACAACGUUCUCACUCGGGUGGCGACAGGUGCCGCCGUGGGUGGUGCUAUUGGCGGCGCAGUGGGUGCUGUUUAUGGGACUUAUGAUGCAAUUAGGCAUAAGGAAAAUGAGACCCUGAAGUCAAAAGCUCCUGACACUAGAUUGUUUUUAAAAGAUCCAUUUUACGAUGUUUUCUUCACUAAAAGAGUUGCUUCUUUAAAGGCUCCUUUUAAAUUUGUUCCUGGACUCCUCAAGAUAAGGCAUAUUGGACAGACCACUCUAGGAAGUGCAGCUGUAUUUAGCCUGUUCCUUGCAGCAGGAACCUUGAUACGAUCUCACUAG